AUGAGGCAACUCUGCUUAGGCAGUUUCCUCAAGGCCCUUUACCCCCUGAUGCCCUUUAUCGUCACUCACGACUACCUUACCUCCAACGUCAUCUUCGAGCGACAUCUGGUCUCCAGUCGUAUCCCCAAGGCAUCCUCGGUGCUUUAUAUUGACGGUCCAUCCCCAGAGGAGAAGCGAGAGACACGGCAACUUAGGGAGGAGAAGCGCAUUGUUGCAUUGCAAAAAGCCCACAUCUGGCUCUGCAACAUGGAGACCCGAGUUGGUGGUCGGAGGAGGGUCAGGAAACGUGACUUCACCAAACUCGACAAGCUUAUCAGAGCCGCCUUUUAUUGGACUCCGGAUGCCCGCGCCUCCUUGGCCAUUUACCUUCGCGUGCAAGGAUGGACGGUUAUCGAGUGUCCUUCUGAGGCAGACAUUGCAAUAGCUAUCGACUCUCAACCCCAGGAUAUUGUAGUAUCGGGAGACAGCGAUAUGCUCAUCUAUGCCACCGUUCAUACCAUAUGGAGGCCUAUUUCGCGAGGCAAAUACCUGGUGUACGAUCUUCCAAAGGUGCUGAGUUAUCUGGGUAUCUCGAGACUGGCAUUGACGGUUCUAGGCAUCGUUUGCAAGAACGACUACACGUCCAACUUGACUCGAAUGGGGUUAUCGACCAACAUCAAGAUUCUCAAAUCCCUAGAGGAGAUGAAAGAUCCAGCAGCUGGAGUAGAGCCAGUCACCGAAGCAAAUGUCGAGACAAUGGUCAAGCGGUACUUGGCUCAUCCGGAAGUAGUCAGGAGGAACCCUGCCGCGACUCACUUCGAGGCAGCGGUGAGGGUUUUUGCUGGCCGGCAGUUCAAGGUCGCGGUUGCUACAACACCAUCACAGCCAUCUGACCAUACAAGCUCAACCAACUGCUCGACCCAAAAGUCUUCCGAUCUAGCAGCGUUGCUUGAAAGGCUGCGUGUUCUUCGCCAGCGAUUAAACGAGAACAAGAAAAGUCUCGUUGCCGAUCAACUGGUGCAACAGACGGAUGUAUUUAACCGGUACGCCACCGUGGACCGUCCGCCAGAUCAGCGGCCUCCUCCUCAUUCAUCAGGGAGAAGAUACAAGCACCGCCAACGAUAUGCUAUCAAGACCCGCUCUCAGGUUGUGAAGCAUGAGCCACCAGAAGCCAUGAAACAGAACCAAUGGAAACCAUACAAGUCGGCCCCUGAUUCUCCGUUGGAACCGCAGUCUGCCGUCUCUUCAUCGAAACCCAAGUCACCGAAACGUCUGCCGUCUGCGGAGGGUAUGGACAAGAAGGAUCUGGUUAAUGCCAUGGCAAGGGACCACCCCAUGCGAACACUUGACAUUGGCACCGUCAAUGCCAACGCAACCAGAGGCCUGAACAGGGAAUUUGGUCCAGAAGGCUCGUCUGUUUAUCUUCCGAGGGUCAAGAUCGCCCUUCGAGAUAUUGCCCAUCAGUCGUCUCAUGUCAAGCGGGUUUGCCAGAGGGCUAUUGGCUUGUACCUGGAGCGCCUUGCACUCUCCAUAAACGAGUCAGUGGUGCCAGCGGUGCCAGCGGUGCCAGUGGUGCCAGCGUUGCCAAUGGUCAUGGAUGUGGUGGGGACCAUCGAGUCCGUCCAGCCCCUUCAACAGCAACCCCUUCAACAGCAACCCCUUCAACAGCAACCCCUUCAACAGCAGCCCCUUCGGAAGCAGGCGAGUAAGCUUCAUGCUGAAGAUCGCUUAAUUCUCGAUAAGCUAUGCCCAAAGUUCACCGCCAAGGACAUUGCUGACGGCAGAAACAUCAACGACGGCACAACAGAGGAUCUCACCAAGCCCGAUGAUUCUGAGCACGAUGAAACAUUGGACAAAAAGAACGAACCCCUCCAGUUCUUGAUGUGUCUGUUGAAUGCCAUUGCCCUCCUCAAGACGAAGAAGCUCCUGCCACUCGAAGCAAGGGAUUGCGUCGAUCCCGACAUCACUGCAUUUGAGAAUUUCGUCCUUUUGAACAGGGUAUGCGGCUGCCCCCGUUCAUUAGUGCCGAUGUCGUCUUUUGAAAACAAGUUUAUCACUGUCUCCGAGUUGGAACUUGCAAGGAUCUUUUGGCGGGAUCCGAUGUUAAAGACAGUGCUUCAAUCCUACGCAUGGCCCGACUUUCCAAGUAUCGAAUACGCCGACCAAGUGUCUCAGACUGAUGUCGGAAUGUGGCUCUCUAGAGCAGUACCCGGUUGCCUUAUCACGAAGUUACUCACUGACAUUGGGGGAUACUCGGAGGUGGAACGGAAAAGGCUGCGGAGCUACUCCCGGUCGACUCGCCUGAUGCCUCUUGAAGAUACAAGACGACACAUACAACAAAUCCGACACGCUGACUUCCAGCCCACAUCAUACACGGACAAGGGCUAUGUCCUCCAUGGAUCCAUUCGGACUGAUGGUUUCCGUCUCCAGCUCAUCGCCUUCAAAAUGAACGAGCUGCAUUCCGUCAAGUACCGACAGUUACCGGCGGAUCGACUCCCGAAUCGUCUCACUUCCACUGUUGCCGGCACGGACUACUUUCUGACGGAGAUUCGGAACGUGGUGUCUACCCCGCAGGACGUUGUCGACCUCUGGGGAUGUGAUCCGAAAAGAAUCAAGAUUCUCGGUAUCGACUUGGGACAGGCGUUUGUGGUGGGAGCAAGCGCUUUAUUACCCUCUCGCAACAAGCACCUUGACGCGGAAGGAGGUCCAGAGGGAGCCCAGAAGGAUCCAUUGGUCAAGCAACCUACGACAAAGUAUUUCAACCUCGCAGUCAAGCAGAAAGCGGUGUAUCAACCUACCCUCAAGCACCGGCGUUGGUUAGAGCAGAGAAAGGCACAGCCGCUCGAGGGGGGAGGAUCCAUCUGCCAGAUUGAGACCAGUCUGCCCGCUCGCUUUGGUCCUGAUGCGAGUAUUGCCGAGUACACAACAAGGAUGCAGGAGGUGGAGGCCCAACUGGGUUCCUUUUAUGGUAGUGUUGUCUUGAAGAAGCAUCGGUGGAACGCCAGGAAGGCUCGCGACGAGGAGUACCGUCUGAUUGCCAAUCGUUUGCUCGAGAUGGUUGGAGGAUCAUUGGGAGCCAAGAGAAAGGAGAGCAACAAGAUCGUCAUUGGAGUUGGCCUGGGGCAGUUCUCUUCCAGGAUCAGGCUCUCGUCGCUGCACGAGUCUUUUGAGUCGUACUUUAUUCAAAAAGCACGAUCGCUUGGAUACAUUGUUGUCGGUGUAAACGAGUAUUACACUUCAAAGAAGUGCCCAACUUGUGGAGAGUUCGUUGGCCAAGUGGAUCUCCGGCGCCUGUACUGUUCAGAGUGCAAAAAGUACAUGCAUCGAGACGUGAUGGCCGGUCACAAUAUCUGUAAUGUCAUUCGUGGCCACCUCCUCAAGCAAGAGCGACCGCGCUACCUCCAGCCCAAGGACAUUGAUGGCAAUUAUCCCUGGGAAGAGAAACAGAGUUUCAGGCCCCGCCCUGAGGGAUCUGGUGCUGUUGAUGCGCCCAUUGUCCUGGAACCGACAUUGGGGACAAAGGUGUCCUCCCCUCGUGCAAGUUCCUUUUCAGCUUUGCCACCAUUAAACUACUACGCCAUGCAACACGACUCGGGAACACCACCAAGAGCCACCACACCGGCACCAGGAACAACUGACGUUCACGCUCUCUACUCUCGACUCCUUGGCAACCCACAGGCCAAUGCCAACAAGGCUAUCUCUACCUUCCAGGAGGAGUUUGAAGCCAAGAAGACCCUAUUCAUGGAAAAGGAUGACGAAACUGUGUCAACGCUUCAACAGAUUCCAGCCCAAUUGAGCAGCGCCAAGGAGCACCUGGAUAACAACCUCAGUGACACGCAGUCAACAGCUGUUGAAAAGCUGCAAGCAUUACAACAAGCUAUCGCCGCGAACUCGCAGGCGCGUGAAAAAUCUGCCAACCCAACACGAUCCGCCAAGGAGGCUUUUGAGAAAGACAUCAAUGAUGCCAGAGAAGCAUUCGAUCAGGAAAUGGCCCUUCGACAUGCGGAUGUGGUGAAGCAGUAUGUGGGAGCAUUUGUCAAUCAAAUCGACUCCUACUGA